AUGAUUCAAAUGGAGCAGACACCAAUAGAUAUACUACAAAAAGAGCACAAGUUUAUGGUAAUAGAGAAAUUGGAAGAAGACCCUGGAAAUGGUCACAAACUUGAAAGCAAUAAUGCCCAUAAUUCACCAUCAACCCCGGGCUCGCUUAAAGGUUCGAGAUCCGAUAGCUCUGAAAUGGCUAGUGACACUUCCCCAUCAUCAGUGGAAGAUGAAAGAUCUGUCCACUCUAAUCAUACGUUGACGAAGAAUAAUAUCAUCGAUAUAGAUCCCUUGCAUGUUCCGGAAUCGUCAAAUUCAACUAUCAAAACAACAUUGCAUGGAAAGUUAGUGCUUGGCAGGAUUCCAAGUGGAAAGACUACCGUAGGUUCUAGCGUGAUAAAUGAGACUGCGAAUGAAGAGCCGAAAACUGCGGUCGGAGGAGGACUCGCGGCCACUCUUGUUAGUCCAGAAUCUGCCUUUGGAAGAAGGCAUACCAGUCCUCAUCCUACUCCUGCUCUUUCCACAGCUGUAGGAGCAAGGGAACCCAUAUCUCCUAAACGGUCUCUUGAUGUAUCGCUGCCUACAGCAAAGCGACCGAUAGCGAGAAGCACAUUUCCAAGUUACAAUUCGAAACUGGGUACAGGUCCUAUUCCAAGAAAACAAGAUGUAUCAAGAGGAGAAUUGAUACGAAUGGGGAGCUCUCUUGUAGGUAAGAAAACCACCAAGAAAAUUAAGAAGAAUUCAAUUGAUGAAGAAAAAGUAUUAGUCGGAAACAAAAUAAGUGAAGGUCAUGAAAAUUAUGUCAUGGCUUAUAACAUGCUUACUGGUAUUAGAGUGGCUGUUUCUAGGUGUUCUGGAGUUAUGAAAAAGAUUGACGAUGAAGAUUUUAAGGUGACUAAAAAAUUGUCAUUCAACUUUGAUGGGAGCGAUUUGACACCUUCUUCGAAAUAUGAUUUUAAAUUCAAAGAUUAUGCACCAGAGGUGUUUAGAGAACUCAGGUCUAGGUUUGGUUUAGAUCCUGCUGAUUAUUUGGUAUCAAUAACGGGAAAAUACAUUUUGUCUGAGCUUGGAUCACCGGGAAAGAGUGGCUCAUUUUUUUACUUUUCCAGAGAUUAUAGAUUCAUCAUAAAAACUAUUCAUCAUUCAGAACAUAAACAAUUACGAAAAAUCUUAAAAGUUUAUUAUAACCAUGUCAAGGAAAACCCAAAUACCCUCAUAUGUCAAUUUUAUGGAUUGCAUAGACUUAAAAUGCCAUUUACGACUGAGGGUACUCGCAAGGUACAUUUCAUAGUGAUGAAUAAUUUAUUUCCUCCACAUAGAGAUGUGCAUGUUAAGUAUGAUUUGAAAGGUUCACUCUGGGGUAGAACAACCCCUAUUGCUCCAGGUCAGGAUAUUUCAGGUUUAACGCUCAAAGAUAAUAAUUUUCUUGCUAGAAAAGAAAAGAUACAAUUCGGUCCCAGCAAAAGAGAUCUAUUUUUCAAGCAGCUAGACAAGGAUGUCUCUUUCUUGAAGCGUGUAAACGUUAUGGAUUAUUCUUUACUUCUCGGGAUACAUGACGUUAAAAAAGGUAAUACUUUUGAUCUUUCUCAAAAAUUAUCGGUCUUUGAUCCAAAAUCUGAUAGUAAAUCGGAGCUUAUAAAGACUAAUCCAAGAGAUAUAGAUCGGUUUGUUGAUUUACCAAGCGACGUUUACCCUGGAAGGAUGAAAUACGUUUUUUACGGGCAUGAUGGUGGUAUCAGAGCAACUACGGAAGAUAAUGACCCAUGCUCGGAAAUAUAUUACAUGGGAAUAAUUGACUGUUUGACUAACUAUUCUUUGAAAAAGAAGUUAGAAACACUUUGGAGGUCGAUAGGGCAUUCUAGAAGCGCUAUUUCCUCUGUUCCGGCGGAUGAAUAUGGAGAUAGAUUCUUACGCUUCAUAAAAGAUGGUACCACAAAAGGAAAAAAGAAAGUUCAAUAA